UUUGAUAGCUAGCCUUUCAAUUUAGCCUGUUUAUAUUUGGACUGCUCAGUACAAGGAACAGAAGGAAACUUGAAAAUUAAGUGAAAUAUGAGUUACUUCUCCUGUGCUCUGAUAGGUGCAUAAUUGGUCAUAUGUUACAAUAAGGAAAUCAAAUGGACCCUUUCAAACAACAACAACAAAAACUGUGAUUGUAAAAUCCAGAGGAAAACCCCAGGUGGGACCUAUCUGUAUGAAGGAUGAAGUUUCCAAGUUCUGAACAUGGAGUGACUGAGAGGAAGUGAUGACCCUGUGAGUGAAGACCCUAAAUCAUGGGGGAGCCCUGUGGGUUUGAGAAACCCUGGAUGAAAGGUGAAGGAUUUUACAGACCUGUUUACAGACCUCUUUAGUGACAGAAGGGAGACCUUUGUGCAAAGGUCAAAGAAUUGGGAAAGUCUGAAAAGAAAAUAGGAAAGUAAUAAUGAAGAUGAAAUACCUACUUGGAAUACUCUGUGCCAUGUGAUUUGCAGGCAAGAUCUCAUUUGUUUUUCACAAUAAUGCAAUAAAGAAGUGACUCUGAGUCACAUUUCCUAAGUGAGCAGACUGACGUGAGCACUCAAACGUGUUCAAUACCUGGCCUGGGGCCCCGUGGUCAAGCCAGGACUGAACCUUUGACCACCGGUUACUUAUUGUAACAUAUGACCAAUUACCCGCCUAUCAGUUCCAAACCCACACUCCUUCCCUUGCACCACACGCUUUUGUGUGGAUGAGCCUCCACAACCCCGUCAACAACAAACUGCCUCUUUGUUACUUUUAAUGUCUCCGGCUUCACAGGACACAGCCAGCCUCAAAGAGAUCAGGGGUACAUGCCCAGAGGGGCUGCUUCUCAAUUCCUAUGCUCAAGUGCUGCAGUUCUCAGAGGCACAUAAAUGUCCCCCACAUGAAGCAGAGGACUUUGCAGUGCCUGAUCCGGGCAGAAAACGGAGGCAUGCACCUGGGGCAGGAUCAUACAGAGUGAACCCUAUCCCUGCUGCAGCACUAAGUUUGGAGAAAUCUACUGGGUAUUUACACACCUUUCCCACUUCUGCUUGUGACUUGUGGCCAAACUCAAGAGUACCACCCACUUCCAGGAAUAGUGGACUGAGGUAACAGAAACAUUCUAGAUUCAUACAAUUGGGGUCAGCUUAGGAUCAUCUGAAAAUGAAGGUUGUGUAUGUCAAUUGCCUUCUAGCAGGACUGGUGGAGAGAUGUACUUAAUGAAUGAUUUUAGAGAAGGGCUAGAGGUGAAGCACAUGGCCUCUAUGUUGAAGACUAUCUUCUGAAGUCCUAUGGAGCUCAGUGCCUGCCACAUGGCUGCCCACAUUUGAACUGAGCUGAAUUUUCUAUGGGCUUCAAAGACUGUGUGUACUCUGGGAUCUUUGUGAAUCUGUCAGGGAAGGUGUCUUUGUCAUGUUUGUGGAUGGGGCUGUCUUUGGGGGUUUCCCCAGGGCUUUACACUCACUCUCCAAGGGUACAUCUGUAGUCAUUCUCAUCAGUGGAAAUGCCCACCUGCCGGCAGAAGUUAUCUGGAACCAAGCAAGAGCAUUGUCGCUGGCUGUGGUGUUGUUUCUCUCUAGUCAGUUCCCCUUUCUGCAUUUGAGUUCUAGCGUCAGUCCUGACAUUAUUUCUCUCUCUACAAGGAGCCUUAGGAGGUAUGGAGAGCUCGCAAAGGCUCCUUUUGGCUUAUUCUUAAUACCUUGCUUCUGUGUUCAUUGGGAAUGCUGCUGUAUUUAUGCAUCUGGUCUCUUUUUGGAGCUGCAGUGGAUGGGCAUUUGUGACAGCGCUAUGGGACGGAUUACCAUUCUCUUUAUGGUGGGCUUCCUGAUCUCUGGUGUUGAUUCCCUGAAGAUUCACGCUUAUUUCAAUGAGACUGCAGACCUGCCAUGCCAGUUUGCAAACUCUCAAAACCUAAGCCUGAGUGAGCUAGUAGCAUUUUGGCAGAACCAGGAAAACUUGGUUCUGAAUGAGGUAUACUUAGGAAAAGAGAAAUUUGACAGCGUUCAUUCCAGGUAUAUGGGCCGCACAAGUUUUGAUCCGGACAGUUGGACCCUGAGACUUCACAACCUUCAGAUCACGGACAAGGGCUUAUAUCGAUGUAUCAUUCAUCACAAAAAACCCACAGGAAUGAUUCGCAUCCACCAGAUGAAUUCCGACCUGUUAGUGCUUGCUAACUUCAGUCAACCUGAAAUAGUCCCAAUUUCUAACAUAACAGAAAAUUUGUACAUAAAUUUGACCUGUUCAUCUAUACACGGUUACCCAGAACCUGAGAAGAUGAGUUUUCUGCUAAUAACCAAGAAUUCAACUACCGAGUAUGAUGGUGUCAUACAGAAAUCUCAAGAUAAUGUCACAGAACUGUAUGAUGUUUCCAUCAGCCUGUCUGUUUCAUUCCCUGAUGUCACAAGCAAUAUGACCAUCUUCUGUGUUCUGCAAACUAAGAAGACCCAGCUUUUAUCCUCACCUUUCUCUAUAGAGAUUGAGGACCUUCAGCCUCCCCCAGACCGUAUCCCUUGGAUUGCAGCUGUACUUCUAGCAAUAAUUAUAUGUGUGAUGAUGGUAUUCUGUCUACUAAAUCUUUGGAAAUGGAAGAAGAAGCAGCAGCCUUGCAUAUCUUGUGAAUGUGAACACAUCAACAUGGAGAGGGGAGAGAGUGAACAGACCCAGGAAAGAGACUCUUCAAGAUGGCGGGGUAGGAGCAGCUUGGGGUUGCAGCAGCUCAGGAUUGCGGCUCUCAGUGAAGGCUCAGAGGUGUAAAAAUCCAUGUACCUGAAAGAUCUGAUGAAGCCCAGCAUGUUUUUAGAAAUUCCAAGACAACUUCAUGCGACGAAAGUGAUACAUGCUUUUAAUUAAAGAGUACAGCCCAUACAAGUUUUCAUUUGUUAUACGAUUUCAUUUGCAAGUUUCUGGGCAACAUUUAUCAUUUCUUCUGGAAAGCAAGAAGACAUUACCAUUAAUAAUAAGGGGACAGGAUCAUUACCCCCAGGACUCCCUCUCAGUGGAAUAGCCUCCCUGUAACUCCAGCUGUGCUCCCGUAUGCCAAAAGCAGACUUGAAUUCUCUCAUUGCUUCCUUUCAAUGGAGCACUCUUAUGAGCCAAGCCCAGCUUAAUGGUUCAUGGCCUGGAAAUAACAUUUAGGACCAACACGUCCUCCAGAUCAGAUUCUUCUCUUAAUUUCACAGAUGGUGGCUUUUUAAAAAUAGAACUCUCGACUUCUGGAAAACUGCAUUUUAUCUGCCCCAAAUUCUAAGCUGGUGCCUCACUGAAUCUUGUAUACCUGUGACUGAACAGCUACCUCCACAGUCUGGGUGGGAGUUAGGUGUUUAUGACCUUAUAGUGCUAAUACUUUGAAACAUAAAGAUCCAUGUACUGUAAUAGUGUGAUUACUAUGCUCUAGAGAAAAGUCUAUCCCUGCUAAGGAGUGCUUGUCCCUCUGUCAGGGUCAGUAACGAAAAUGGUAGCCUGGGGUACAGGCAACAAUAAGCAGACCAACCUAAAUUUGGGGAAAUUAGGAGAGGCAGAGAUAGAACCUGGAGCCACUUUUUUCUGGGCAGUCACUAAUACUGAGGAAGCUUGCCUUGCCCAACAAGCCCUAGUGGAGAGCACUAAAUAAACAGGAAAGUGCUGGAUCUUGUGAACUCUGUUUCUCUAGAAGAACUGACAAGUGAGAUGGCCUGGGGAAGCUGUGAAAGAAUCAACAGAGAUCACAAUACUCAAAAGAGAAAAAAAGAGAGAUCUUAAUCCACAGAAAUGCAUGAAAUGUCUGGUCUGUCCAGUCCAUUAACAAAUCUUGAAACAAGCAACAGAUGUACAGUCUGUCCAAAUGGACUUAAGACAGACAGCAGUUUUCCUGGUGGUCAGGGAGAGGUUUUGGUGAUACCCAAGUUAUUGGGAUGUCAUCUUCCUGGAAGCAGAGAUGGGGAGGGAAAACCAUUGUCUUGAUAAUGGGAUGAGUGGAAGGAGGCUUAGAGCUUUCCACUCCUAGCUGAGAGAAAAAGCUGCAAUGGAAAUAGAAAGACCAAGAUGCAGAUCAUGUCGGGGCUUCCUUAGCCUAAAGAUGUCCUACAGGAAUCUGGGCUGGCCCAGAGUAGCAAAUUUGAGUUGGAUGAUUGUUUUUGCUGAAGGCAACCAGAGGAAAACUGUGUACAGAGAUGGAUAUACUGGGAGAAAUGACUUUGGAAACCUGGCUCAAAAGUAGGAUCAGUAAGGGAUGGAGCAGUCCCUGUCCAAACCUAAAGAGAACUCUGGGGGGCCUAAGCCACAAAAAUAAUUCCUUUAUUUUAUUUGAACAACCCGCAAGGGUUAUAGACUGCUAUGCUAGACAAGCUUACCCAUGUAGUAUUACCAUGUGUGUACGGUGCCCCUGCCUUCAUUAGAUUCCUAGCACCUGGUUGGUUUCUAACAUGUUUUAUGCAGCACAAUUUUUAAUAAAUGCUUAUUACAUU